AUGGAUACUGCGGCGACUCAUAGGCAAACGGAGAUUAAUUGGGACAAGCUCAAUAAAACUAAGUUCUACGUUGUUGGGGCUGGAAUUUUUUCGGGAGUUACAGUGGCACUUUACCCUAUCUCAGUCAUGAAGACCCGGAUGCAAGUUGCGUCGCACGGUGCCGUGGAAAGAAACGCGAUUUCCGUCAUCAAAGGCCUGCUCAAAACGGAUGGGAUUAAGGGUUUGUAUAGAGGUUUUGGGACUGUGGUCACGGGAGCUAUACCCACUCGAGUCAUAUUUCUCACCACAUUAGAGACGACAAAAGUGCCUGCUUACAAGAUGGUCGAGCCGUUCAAAUUGUCUGAACCCACGCAGGCGGCUAUAGCCAACGGGGUUGCCGGCAUGAUGGCUUCUCUCUGUACCCAAUCUGUGUUUGUUCCAGUUGACGUGGUUAGUCAGAGAUUAAUGGUGCAAGGGUAUUCAGGCCAUGCGGCCUACAAUGGGGGUCUGGAUGUCGUGCGUAAAAUCAUAAAGUCUGAUGGAAUUCGUGGAUUAUAUAGAGGAUUUGGUCUGUCUGUGAUCACUUAUUCUCCAUCGAGUGCCGUCUGGUGGGCAAGCUAUGGUGCGAGCCAACGCUUCAUCUGGAGACACUUGGAUGAUGGCAUUGCAGCUCCAAACAAGCACAACAUUGUUUUGGUCCAAGCAGCCGGAGGCAUUAUCGCUGGUGCCACUGCAUCAUGUAUAACAACUCCACUGGACACAAUAAAAACACGUUUGCAAGUAAUGGGUCAUGAAACAAGACCAAGUGCAAGGCAAGUAGUUAAGGAUUUGAUUGCUGAAGAUGGGUGGACCGGAUUUUAUCGAGGUCUUGGCCCUAGAUUUUUCAGUAUGUCAGCUUGGGGAACCUCAAUGAUUCUGGCGUAUGAAUAUCUAAAGCGCUUGUGUGCAAACGAUGAAUAG